GGUUUCGCUACCCCCACCCCCACCACCUCCUCCUCCUGCUGCUUAUAGUCGCGUGCCGCCGCGCCUUUCCCUGCCCCUUCCCUUCUUCUUCCUCCUGCCGCGUCCUUGUCGCCACCUUCUUUCUCCGAUUCCUCGCUCCUGCUGCUGCUGCUGCCAAAAGAUCGCUUUUUUCGUGGGGUUAUUCCGUUACUGUCGGCCAGUUGGUGCGGUGGGUGAUCCAUGGAGGUGGUUGCUGGGGGAGUCGAGGUGGCGAAGCCCGCCGCCGCGGCCACGGCCGGGGAGCGCGCGGCCAAGCGCCGGCGGGUGGCGCCGGAGACGGGAGCGAGGCGGGCCGGAGGAGGGGUGGCGCGGCGCGGGAGCGGGAGGCGGCGGCGCGUGCAGGCGGACGCGGACGCGGCCGCCGUGCAGCGGCUCUUCCAGGCCUGCCGCGACGUCUUCAGGGGGCCCGGCACCGUGCCCAGGCCCGGCGAGGUCCGCCAGCUCCGCGCCAUGCUCGAUAGGAUGAAGCCGGAAGAUGUCGGCCUAAGCCCGGAUCUCAAGUUCUUCAGGGCUAGAGAUGCUGCUCAAGGAACCCCCACAAUUACACACACGACAAUAUACAAAUGCCCAAAUUUUUCGAUGGUUAUCUUAUUUUUGCCGCGGAAUGCGGUCAUCCCUCUCCACAAUCACCCUGGAAUGACGGUGUUCAGCAAGCUGCUCCUCGGGUCUAUGCAUAUAAAGUCGUAUGACUGGGUUGAUCCUGAUUCUAUCCCGUCAGUGAGCAGCUGUUCAUCGUCAGCUGAUGAUCAAUUGAGAUUGGCAAAACUGGUGGUCGAUGAUGCUUUUACGGCGCCGUGUGAUACCUCAGUUCUAUAUCCGACGACUGGAGGAAACAUGCAUCGAUUUACUGCCAAUGCGCCUUGCGCGAUCCUCGACAUUCUUGGGCCCCCGUACUCCAUAGAAGAGGACAGGGAUUGCACAUACUACAGCGAUAUUCCAUACACACAACAUUCGACGGCAGACGGCACCCGUGACCGUGACCUCAACAACGUUGAGCAAGAUCAAGGCCGUCUGGCAUGGCUGAAGGAGAUCGACAUGCCGAGGGAGCUGAAGAUGUGCAGCGUCCACUACGGCGGCCCGCCGAUCUCUGACAAGUGACACCGGGCGUCGGCAUGAACGAAGGCCUACUCGAUCUCUCCUGCUGUAGUUGUCCUGUACUUAACUGAAUGAUGUGCAACUGAUCAUGGCUGGAUCGGAUCGUCGUCUAACCUUGUGAAUAGCACUAGCAGCAAGCCAUAAGCCUUGACAGACUGACUUCCACCAGUUGGCCAGAGAUAGAAUGCUUGCUUGCUUGGGUGCACGCGGCGUUGUUGUUGUUAGGUGUUUUUAUUUCGGUCUUUAUUUCUUUCUUUUCUUUUUUUUAAAGAAAAUGGAUGCUUCCUGUUUUUGGUUCAUAAUUCUAAUGCAUUGAUCAUCCAUAGUUUUCAUUUCGUUUCUA